UCCCAGAGAAGCUUUCCAGGUUUCCCAGCCGAACGCAGGAGUGCAUCCUAAACGUCAGGAACCGUCUCAACAGCCUUAUGCCACAAGAUGCCUAAGAAACAACAACAGCAAAAACAGAAGCAAGACAAGAAUCAGCAGGACGUAGAACUCAACCAGCUCGUUCGACACUCACCUCUCUCUGCCCCUCAUCAUCCUCACCUGCGAUCCCGCUCCCCAUCUCCAUCCUCCCCUAGUGCUAGCACCCUGGAGCUGCCCAACGUGCCGUCCUAUCCACGCCUGCCGCCCAUCGUCAGCCCGCCAUCUAAGCGGCUGAGCUCCCUGCCCCACCAGCUGUUGGGUGUCUCUAACCCAGCCUUCUUCAUUGAAGAUGACUCAGAUAUUUCAGCACUAAGACCUGCAGAGAGCUCCAGUAUCAAUCUUCGUCCAGCUGUUAAUGUAGAAGAUGUUGAUAAUGAGAAAGCAGUGGAAGAAGGAGGAGUGGAAGAAGGGGGCGGAGGAGAGGAAAAAAAUGACAUCCCCCAGAUUGUCGCCCCACAGGACCCCAAACUUACAACUCUCACUGUCCCUGUGACUCCAUCAGGAGGCCGGCAGAGUAAAGGAGAUAAAGAUGGGAGGAAUCGUAGGACUAUCUGGACAAAGAUUAGGCUGCUUCAUUCUCAAAGUGAAGAUGAUGAUGAUGAAGUAAGCAUCCCUGUGAGAGCCUGGCCCAGCCAAUCCAGUCUGCACAGCACUGAUGACAUUCUGAAAGAGCGUCCCGCCUCCUCGGCCAGUCAGACCAGCGCAGUGGUCAAUGAGCGACUUCAGGAGCUUGUUAGGAUGUUCAAAGAGAGAACAGAGAAGGCCAAGGAGAAACUCAUUGAGCCAGACAGCUCCGAUGAAGACAGCAUCAUCACAUCUCCCCCUGAGCCUACUGCUCCUCAGUCUCCUCCUGGAGAUGCAUCGUUGCAAGAGGGUCCAUCAAGAGGAGGAGGAGAAGGAGGAGGAAUAGAGAACAGGAUAGAAGAGAACUUGUCUGCUCGCUGUUGCAAGCUGAAAACUCCUCGGUGGAUACGAGCCUGUUUACACUUCCACUUCCCUGCCAGCAUCGACCCUUUCACCAACCUGAUGUAUGUGCUGUGGAUGUUCGUGGUGUCUCUGGCCUGGAACUGGAACGUUUGGUUCAUCCCGGUGCGCUGGGCCUUUCCUUACCAAACCCCAGACAAUAUUUACUACUGGCUGUUGAUGGACUACCUUUGCGACCUGAUUUACAUCCUGGACAUCACAGUUUUUCAGCCACGCCUGCAGUUUGUGCGAGGAGGGGACAUCGUGAGUGACAAAAAAGAGAUGAGAAAGAAUUACGUGAAAACAACACGCUUCAAGUUAGACGUUGCUAGUCUUGUUCCCCUGGAGCUCUUCUAUUUUAAAACUGGCAUCAACCCCCUGCUUCGUUUACCCAGACUACUGAAAAUCAACUCCUUCUUUGAGUUUAACGAGCAUCUAGAAGCCAUCUUGACCAAAGCCUACAUUUACAGGGUGAUCCGUACCACCACUUAUCUCCUCUACUGCCUCCACUGCAACGCCUGUCUCUACCACUGGGUCUCUGUGUUCGUAGGCCUGGGAUCUACACAGUGGGUGUACAACGGCGUCGGUAACAGUUACAUUCGCUGUUACUACUUUGCGGUGAAAACCCUGCUCACCAUUGGAGGUGUGCCAGCUCCCACCUCCAUGUUUGAGAGCAUCUUCCAGCUCAUCAACUAUUUUAUUGGAGUUUUUGUCUUCUCCAUCAUGAUUGGACAGAUGCGUGAUGUGGUCGGUGCAGCCACAGCAGCUCAAACCUACUACCGCACCUGCAUGGACAACACCAUUAAAUACAUGUCUUCCUAUCGCAUCCCUAAAGAUGUCCAGAACCGUGUCAAGACCUGGUACAACUACACCUGGCAGUCACAAGGCAUGCUGGACGAGCAGGAGCUGCUGACUCAACUGCCAGAUAAAAUGCGUCUGGACAUAGCUGUAGAUGUCAACUACUCCAUUGUGAGCAAAGUCCCUCUUUUUCAGGGUUGUGACAGACAAAUGAUUUUUGACAUGCUAAAAAGCCUCCGGUCUGUCGUCUACCUUCCUGGAGAUUAUGUCUGCAAAAAGGGCGAGGUGGGUCGGGAGAUGUACAUCAUAAAAGCAGGAGAGGUGCAGGUGGUUGGAGGACCUGAUGGAAGAACGGUGUUUGCCACUCUCAGAGCAGGUUCGGUCUUUGGAGAGAUAAGUUUGCUUGCAGUUAGUGGGGUUAACAGGCGCACAGCCAAUGUGAUCGCUCAUGGCUUUACCAACCUGUUCAUCCUGGACAAGAAAGACCUGAAUGAGAUCCUGGUCCACUAUCCCGAGUCCAAGAAACUGCUUUGCAAGAAAGCCAGGAAGAUGCUUAAUAAGGGAAAGAAACCUGAACCCAAAGAGGAGCCUAAAGAACCCCCACAGAUACCAGCAGCACCUCGCAGGUCAGAAACUCCCAAACUGCUCAGAGCGGCGCUCGAGAUGACGGAAAGAUCUUCUGGAAUGAAAGGAGCUCUGGCUAAAGUCAAAGAGAAGACUAACAAGUCCAGGAUCUCGUUACAGCCGUCCAUCUCCUCCUCCCUGCCUCCUCCAUCUCCCGUCCCCAGCUGUGGACAUGACAGGGACACGCCAGAGAUGGACACGCCUUUGUCCAUCUCUGCCAGGUUAACAACGUUUCGCUCGACUUCUCGUUGCCGAUCCUCACGGCUCCUCAGCAUCACCGUCGACACGGAGGAUGUCAGUGAGGAUGACUGGGAUGAGGAUGGGACGAAGAAAGAGAAGAAGUCGUGAUGACUUUUUUUUAUUCAUAAAACGAUGGUUGUAGGGUUGUCCUGUCCGCACCUCAACAUAAGGAAAGCAGAUGAGGGAGGGGUCUCACCCGGAUGCUAAAGGAGAAAAUUUGGUGAUGAGAGUCGGUGUAAAGCUGCAGAUUUUAAUGAUGCUUGCAUAGCUCACUCCGAUCAGUCGUUUUUACACAAACACAUGUCUUGUCUCUUUGCAACAUGCAAAAUGAAGAAAUGUUUUUGUUGCUGUUGUUUCCUAAAUGUUUACAGUUGUAAUCCUGAAAGAACAACUUGCCUUAUUUGUUUUUUACAUUUCUGUCUUGUGUUGGCGUGAGUAGGGCGAGCAGGCUGCUUUCAUUUCUGAUACUGUAGAUAUUUACAGAAAUAAUCUUUUACAUUCUAAUACACUGCACAUGUUUAAAAUCAAUCGUUACAUUAUUGUUCUGUAAAAUCCAGCUACUGAUGGUGUAGUUAGCAUUGUAUGUAUGACUAUUUAUGUCUGUGUUUACUUUGCUUGCUUUUGUACAGAUGACUGAAAUUAAGAUUUAUUUUUUCCACUAAUGUAAAGUCACUGUGCAGUCUGCAGUGUCACCACAUGUACAAUCAUUCUAAAAAUGUUGUUAUAUUUGUUCUGUAAAUGUGUUUAUGAAAAAAAAUAUUAUUCAGUAAUAAUUCAGAGAAGAUAUUCUCUUACUUUUUGUAAAUACGUUUUUAUCAAAGUCUGCAAACCGGCUAAUCACACUGCCAGACAACCUGUAGAAAAAUAUCUAUUUUUUCUGUAUAAUGUCCUCUAUAAGCAGUUCUUCACAGAUGUUGUAAUGUCUUUUGUAAAUUUCACAUUUCACUGGACUAAAUAAGUUUAAGCAUGUUUUUUGUCAGUUUAUAUAUAUAUAUAUAUAUACAAUAAGCAGUUAAAGGCAGUUGUUUUUUAAUGUGUUUGAUUUAACCUUUUGUAGAAGUUGCUUGAAAAUAUAUAAAACAAGGAUCAUAAAUA